CUGUCACCCUCGCUUGCCGCUGCGGAUGAACGGCCUGGCUUACCUUGUUUGAUGGACUCGUUUGACGCUUACGGGCCUAACUCGCAGGCCUUAACGUUUUUUGAUCCAGAAGAGAAUGACUUAAUCGGUGGUGAUACACAGGGACCAGACUUUGAUUGUGCUGAUUUCACAUUACCGUCUCAAUCACAAACGCAAGCUUCCCAACUAGACCAGGAGCGGGGUGGCUUUGCUCAAAAGAACGAUAUCAAUAAUCGCAUAAAUUCGUUAAGUCAGCAAAUAUUAGACUUGACAACCAAGGAUGAUGAUCAGGAUGAGGCUAAUUCGCAGCUGCCGGAACACGCAUGCGCAUACUGUGGUAUUCAUGAUCCGGCCUGCGUUGUCUACUGCAAUACCACUAAAAAGUGGUUCUGCAACGGCCGAGGCAACACCUCUGGGAGUCACAUCGUCAACCACCUUGUUCGUGCUCGAGCCAAGGAAGUAACGCUGCAUAAAGAUGGACCACUGAAAGACACCUUAUUGGAAUGCUACGUCUGUGGUUCAAAGAAUGUUUUUCUUCUUGGGUUCGUCCCAGCAAAGUCAGAAUCGGUUGUUGUGUUGCUGUGUCGCAAUGUGUGCGCGAACCAAAAUAAGGAUAUGUACUGGGACCCAGCUCUUUGGCAGCCGAUUAUACAAAACAGGCAGUUUUUGUCCUGGUUGGUGAAGGUCCCUUCUGAAGAGGCCCAAGCCAAAGCUCGCCAGAUAUCUGCACAGCAGAUCAACCGCCUGGAGGAAAUGUGGAAAGAAAACCCACAAGCAGCUGUCGAGGACCUAGAAAAGCCCGGAGCUGAUAGGGAGGUCAGUCCCGUACUCCUGAGAUAUAAGAGUUCUUUGCAGUAUCAAAUGACGUUCAAACCACUCGUCGAAAUCGAGGCGGCUUAUGACCAAAAAGUGAAAGAAUCAUUGAAGUUGGAGAACGUUGUUGUCCGUUGGGAAACGGCACUGAAUCGCAAGCAUGUUGCUUAUUUUCGAAUUCCUGGUGCGAAUGAAGGUCCAGAACUACGUAUAAUGCAUGGGGAUGAGCUAAUCAUACGCCGCUUCAACACCCCAGAUAGUAAUUGGAGUGGAGUCGGCCAUGUGAUUAAAAUUCCAGACAAUUUCAGUGAUGAAGUUGGUUUAGAGAUGAAGCAGGCCGAUGUGGUUCCUAGUGAUCCCGUGACAUAUAUGGUUGAGUUCAAGUGGAAGUCCACCCCUUUUGACCGCAUGAUUCAAGCUAUUUCCAAAGUAACUGAGGAGCAGUGCGACCUGUUGCCACCCUACAUAUUCUACCGUCUAUUGGGUCACGAAAUGGACGAUAUGGUGCUCAAAUGCAACCUGCCGAAAAGAUACUCCGCACCGGAUUUGCCGGAACUUAAUCACAGUCAAGUGUUCGCUGUGAAAACGGUGCUACAACGUCCACUUAGUUUGAUUCAAGGUCCUCCUGGUACGGGGAAAACUGUCACAUCCGCAUCUAUCGUGUAUCACCUGAAUAAAAUUCACCAGAAGAAGGUGCUUGUUGUCGCUCCGAGCAAUACGGCUGUUGAUCAGCUAUGCGAAAAGAUUAGCCGUACCGGUCUAAAAGUUGUCCGGUUAUGCGCUCGAUCGAGGGAAGCGCUGGCUUCACCCGUCAGCCAUUUGAUGCUGCAUGUCCAAGCUCAGCAUGUGAAAGGACAUUCCGAACUACGAAAGCUGCAACAACUAAAAGAUGAAACGGGAGAGUUAAGUCAAGCAGAUGAGAAAAGGUACCGCCUGUUGAAACGGGAGUUGGAACGUGAGCUUCUUGUUGCCGCAGACGUCGUAUGCUGCACCUGUGUGACGGCCGGAGACCAGCGUCUGGAGCGACUUAGUUUUCACUCAGUGCUCAUUGACGAAUCGACCCAAGCCACUGAACCAGAAUGUUUGAUUCCAUUAAUGGUUGGUUGUCGUCAGGUCGUGCUUGUUGGGGAUCACUGUCAACUUGGGCCGGUCAUUACGUGCAAGAAGGCCGCGAAUGCUGGUCUCACGCAAAGCCUGUUUGAAAGAUUUGUGCUGCUUGGUAUCCGGCCAAUGAGACUACAGUCGUCCCAAAAUGUUGACAUCACAACCCUGCUGCUUAACACAAUUGAACAGGAUGCCGAAAUGACAUUGCGAAGCCCCGCCACCGAACGCCAACCUGAAGCACGACACGGCUACGAUCGGCCAGUCACCUGUGGCUUCAAACAACUGUGUACAGGCAAUCAACUCCAGCGCUUUAGGAAAUCCGACAGUUAUCCCGAUCGGAAGCAGAGCAAGCCUCUCACAAGUUGCUGGCAUCGUGCUUUCCCGAGCAACGUAUUCUAUGAAGGCAGUUUACAGAAUGGGGUUACCGCAGAAGAUCGGUGCAAGCAAAUCGAUUUUCCUUGGCCUAAUCCGGAUCGCCCCAUGUUUUUCUAUUGCACUUCUGGUCAGGAGGAAAUAUCUGGCAAUGGUGUUUCCUACUUGAAUCGCACGGAGGCUGCUACUGUGGAGAAAAUUGUAACAAAAAUGCUAAAAAUUGGAGUCCAUCCGAACACGAUUGGCGUCAUCACACCGUACGAGGGCCAGCGAGCCUACUUGGCCCACUACCUUCACUAUUCCGGUUCGCUGAACUCUAAAUUAUAUCAAGAAAUUGAAAUAGCAAGUGUGGACGCGUUUCAGGGUCGCGAGAAGGAUUACAUAAUAUUAUCUUGUGUGCGCGCAAACGAGAACCAGGGCAUCGGAUUCCUGAAUGAUCCUCGGCGCCUGAACGUUGCGCUAACACGGGCUCGCUAUGGCCUGAUUGUGGUCGGCAACCCGAAGGCGCUCUGUAAGGCAAUGCCCCGAAAGUUUGUGAACAAUAAAUUUAUUGUAUUCUCAGACUUCCGGGAUUGUGAGAGUAUACAGAGUUCUCCAAAAGCUUCCGUACACAAUGCGGUGUCCGUCAGAGUUACCCACUCCAUCCAUUCCGUGAUCGUUGAAAUAAUGAGACGAGCGCUGAAAGAUUUUCGAAAACUCAGUGUUCGAAUAGCCUCGGACGAAAACCUUGUCGAACUGGAAUUUGCAGACGACAUCGUUUUCGUCUUCGAAAAGGGGAAGGAGGCACAGGUGUUUGUGGAUGAACCGACUCAAGCCAUCCCGUCCAUUGUCGAAGGCCCAUUGAACAACCUAGCUGAAUACAUGCUUCAGUUUCCGAAACCAAAGGUGCCGUAUACAUUCAAACCAGGCGGGCAUUUUCUUUCCCAACUGGCGGCAAACACGGCCCUGCUCAACGCAAAUCAGAUGAGCCAACAACGUCUUGGCCCAGGCGGUUUCUUUCCACAGGCAGGUGGGAAUGCGACGCAACCUUCUUAUCCGAAUCCAAAUGAUCCAAAUGCCCUUUUGGCUGCAAUGGCUGCGGCUGCGGCCGCUUAUUUUGGUGGUGGAACAAGUGGCAAUACUUCAGGGCUUGGCGGUCCAGGUCCUUCGGGCGGUGUCAGCCAACCGGGCGCGAGCCAUGCUGCAGCAUAUGCGCUGGCAGCCGCGGCUGCCGCACAGCAUCAUCCGAAUUAUCAUCCUUCUCAAGGAAACCCCGGGUCUCACAGCCUGCAUCAGCUGUUCGAUCAAAUUGGAUAUAUUGGGCCCAACAGACAAUUCGCCGCUGCAAACGCAAAUUCCAGUCUUCCAAUGCCAAUGAGUAUGCUCAUGCAGACUGGUCAGUUGCAUCGUGCUUCAGAUCUCGGUAUGGGCAACCUUUACGGGUCAUCAGCUAACACACAAACGGACACCUCUAAAUUUGCGGCUGCAAUGGGAAUGAAUGCGUUUGCCAGGCCCAACGGACCCGGGCUGAAUUUCGGUCCAUCGCUUAGUCAGCUGGGCGGGAGCACCCGUGCUCCUGGCGGCCCUCUCCCAACUAACCAGGCCACAGCCGGUGGCAUUUCCGCUCCUCGUUACAUGGGCAGUGGGACUCGCCGUGCGGGACAAGUUGGUAAUCACAGCGCUCUGGCCGGGUCAACAAAGUCCCGACAGCCACAACAAGGUUUAGACGGUUUAGCCGGCCCCGGCUCCAGUACGAUGACCAAUAUGAGCACCGGUCUGCUUUCGCAACCUGGCCUGUCCGAACUGACUGGAACACAGGGAGCUGGCGGAUUUGGGUCCAUGGUUGGCGUGUACAACAGCCAGUCUCGUAAUCUCGGUUUAUCUGGACUUUCACAGGAAAGUACAUCUCUGGAUUUUCGACUCGGGCAUGGUGCGAGCCAGGUAGAAAACUUCCUGCUUUCCCAAGAUUCCACUUUCCAAGGGGCCACCGUUUCAAGUGGUGCACAGAAGUUCUCCGCCCGACGCAACGCGGAAUUGUUGAACAAUGGAAAAGGUUCAGUGUCCAACUAUGAUUCUGGUACCCGUCUGAUAAACGGUACUGAUCUAGGUGACCUCAGUCUUUCCCAAAUGGUUGGCGGUGACCCUGUUGCCGAUGUCGGCGGUGGUGGAGGAGGUGCGCCGUUGUCGCAAUUUUAGAGACCAACGUAUACUCGAAAAUGUCCACGAUGAACAACGGGUGACUGCACAUGACUGGUCGGCUACUAGGUUCUGCUUCACAUUGGAGGGAGGAGGUGAUCUGUCUGUCCAUCCGCGACAGACAAAUACGGUGGGGUGAACUGGUUAGAUGUUCGAAAUGAACGCAUGGAUCAAAGAGACUAUUCCUUAUAAACGCGCCUGAUCGUUGCUUCCCAUACCUCGGUUCAAUUCAACACUCCCUGUUCAUUCAGCACCUCACAAUCUGGUGUCCCGUUCCCCAUGUUUUCAUCCAAUUCUGUUUUGUAUUUCGGUUGAUGCGUGCUCCUAUUUUGUAAACUGGUAGGUCGUCUACUGUGUGUGGCGUGACCCGGACGGAUUCUUCGUUUUUUCUCCUUAGUCGUCGGCCGUGUCUUCGGGUGCUACACGUGUUGCUCACUCAGCAAAUAUUGGGCGCAACCUCUUGCCCACAAUGGAACCUGAGGGGUAGUUUGGUAUUUUUUCGCGCGUUUAUCCAGCUUUUAAGCAAUACUGGGUGCUUGUUUUUAUCAGUGUUCAUUGAUUUCCUCAAACUGAUAUGUUUCCGUUCAAUGCUUUUCAUGUUCCUGCUUUCGUGAUUGUCAAUUGUAAACAGAUUCCGGUUGACGAUUUUUCGGUUAUCAAAUGGUUGGUAUAACAAUCGGGCCUAUUUUGCACACGUUUAACGGAACCCUGUUUUCAUCGGUGUACUGGCCAUAAUACGUCCACCGCCGCGCUUCUACAUUAUGUUUAGGAAUACUUUGUUUAGAUGUGCACUCUUCCGAGUUACUUGUAUAGUGUCCGUUAGCACUGUAUCGUGUGUCCCAGGGUAGGUCCUUUUGCGACUUCAACUCGCAGGCUAGCAGAUUCCAGUCAAGAUGGCACAGUCCGUGUGCGCUUCGAAAGUGGUCGUUGAUUCCUGUUCCGGAUUUAUUACUGUGUCUGAGACAAGAAAUAAUCACCAGAGGUUUCCUACACUCGUCUGUUUUUGAUCAGUGGUCCUUUUAGGGAACUACUGGACACAAUCUCAUGGGUGACAUGUAUUUUGAAUUCGUACAGCUACUGACUGAAAUAUCAUUUUUACCUGUGC